ACAUUUUUUGGAAAGGAAUCAUUGAACAAUUCCUCAGAUGAGGAAUGGAAUAUAUUGAAAAAUGUAUUUGACAAUGAAUUGAACAAUUCCGGAAAGUUGUGGUUCUUCAAACGAGGGUCGAUGAGGCCCUUCCCCGGAGCCGUCAGUGCCCGAUCCCUUAUCCCAUCUGAGGGACGCGAAGACGACCGAAUCCUGAACCAACUCAUGUAUUCCAAGAAACACGACGCCAAAGAGGGCCCGACGAAGCUGAAGACCAUCCUCUUAUACGACGGCACCUGGCCCGACGUCCGACUCGGACGGGAUCACUUCUUGCAUCAGCGAUGCCCCGUGGACGCAUGCCGACUGACGAAGGAGAAUACCGAGGCCGCAGACGCCGUGCUCUUCAAGGAAUCCACCCCGAAAAUAACAAACCUCCACCGCUCUCAGUCCACCCCGAAAAUAACGAACCUCCACCGCUCACCGGGCCAGCUCUGGAUCGCGUAUCUAUUGGAGAGUCCCCUCAACACCGAAUUCUCCGGCUGGACCGACAUCGACUGGACCGCCUCUUACAGACGCGACAGCGACAUCGUCACCCCCUACGAGAAAUGGGUCUACUACGACCCCGAGGUGAAAUUCAAGGCCCAGACUCGGAACUACGCCGCAGGAAAGACGAAGAAAAUGGCCUGGUUCGUCUCGAACUGCUACGCCCACAACCACCGCACUCAAUACGCCCUCGAACUCGCGAGGCACAUCGACGUCGACGUCUACGGCGAAUGCGGCGACCUCGAAUGCCCUCGCUCCGACGAGGACUGCUUCCGCAUGCUCGCCAGGGACUACAAGUUCUACCUGGCCUUCGAGAAUUCCAACUGCAAGGACUACAUCACGGAGAAGUUCUUCGUGAACGGGCUCGGAAACGACAUCUUGCCCAUCGCGAUGGGCGCACCCCCAGAAGACUACAAGAAGGCGGCGCCGGAGGACUCCUAUCUGCACGUGGACAACUUCACGUCGCCGGCGGAGCUGGCCGCCUUCCUCCACGAGCUGGACCGGGACGACUCCCGGUACAACCGGUACUUCCGGUGGAGGGGGACCGGGGAGUUCGUCGACACCCGGUUCUUCUGCCGGCUCUGCGCCGCGCUCCACGCCCGGGACGACGUCCCGGACGGCGUCCACGUCCGGUCCCGAUCGGGACUCCGAGCCUGGUGGGAGGGUCCCGACGUCUGCAGGCGAGGCUCUUGGAGUCAUCUUCCUCAUUGGUAUAUUUAUGUAUUAUUGGUCGCCCCCAGACUGCGACCCGUUGUGGACCUUGCUCCUCUCCUGGUCGGGUGUCUGCUGACUCUGAGGUCAUCAGCAUCAGCAUCAGCAUCAGCCACGCAAACGUAA